AAAAACAAAACCGCAACCUCGUCGUCCUCUGCUACGAACUCCUUUCUUUGUUCUGCUUGUCCUUUCUUUGAACCCUAGCACCGGUUUUUCAAAACCCGUCGCAAGAGAAAAACGCGGUGGUAAUUCAUUGAACUUGAAAAGAAGAUCUGAAUCCGAAAUCACUUCAGCUCUUCCAUCAUCCUCCUCUUCUCAUUCUCCAAGCCCCUCAGCUUCCUCCCCAAACACUGCAAGAGAGAUCUAGAGGCAACAAAUCUUCUUGAUGGAGCUUUAGAGGUGACAGAUCUGUUCAUAGAUCUCUCUGGUGUUCCUGCUCGUGUUUGUUGCCAUAAUUGGAACCAGCACGGCCUCGAAGACGACAAUCUCGUUGGGCUUUUACCAGAAUAGAAGUCUCUGGUGUUUCUGCUCAUGUUUGUUGGCAUCGUCUGAACGCGCCACCACAAACCGUGCACCGCUCGUCGUGCACUGGUGGCCUCCGCGAGGGGUUGAAGUCUUGAACCCUAAGUAGGGAAAACUGUUGAUUCUUACAGAGAGUCGUAGAUACACCUGCGAAGAAGAGGCGAAGUAAAUUUAGGAAGGUCUUGGAAAUUCGAGCCUUCUUCCAUUGAACUGGACGAGGUCGACUUCAUCGCUCCAAGUUCCUGGGUUGAAGUUUCAUGAAGAGAGAGAUUUGCUAGUGACUUACAAACUUUGUUAGGGAAGAAGCGCGCAUGUCAGCGAUGAGUUGUUGGUGAAGAAGCUCAUCCAAGAGAUCAUCCAAGAUAUCAAAAUAUACCAAGAUUAUAUGUCGUCAUUACAACAUUUGUGUUAGUGUUUUCCCUGUAACUGCAUCCCCGCACUCGUUGUCAUUGACACUGAGCAUCUUUCGAGGUAUGUCUCUAUUUUUAAAAAGUGGUAUGAUUGUAACAUGUCGUUGUUCAAAUAUCGAUAUUGUUUCAUGUUACUAGUUAGUUGCAUUAUGAGUGAACCUUAGUUCCCCGUUCGAGAUUCGAUACAUCGAUUAAUACGGAUAGUUUGAAUUAAUCGAUGUAUUGAUUCUUGAAUUGUCCGUUUGGACAGUUUGGGAUGACAUAUUUUUAUAGUUGAAUCAUACGUAGAGGUAAAUUAUCUUUUGAAUGAUUUGAAUAAAUUUCGGUAUACUGCAUUUGACAUUGUUCUUCGGGUGCAUAUUUGAUCGCGGUGAUUGUUCACACAUUCAUCGCUUUCAUCUUGUGUACUUGAAGACCAAUGCGAAAUGCUACCGAAAUUUCAUCAAAUCACUCGAAAGAGAUUUUACUUGUACGUUUGAUUCAACUAUAAAAAAUGUCUUCCUGAAUGGGGUAGGGCCACACCUUCAAUGCAAAAAAGUGAGUUUAGCAUGCAUCACAGAUAACUUAUUCAUUGUCAUGAAUAGCAAAUACGAAACAUGGAUCGAAGUUGGAUGAAAGCAAAACGCAUCAGUGAUGAGUAUGAGAACGGGGUGGAACAAUUUCUACUGUUUACGCAACUUAAUGCUGAAAGUUUGAGGGGCAAUUAUUUUUGCCCAUGUGUUAAAUGUCUUAAUGGUAGACGAAAGUCAGUUGAUGAAAUCCGAUCACAUCUGAUAUGUUACGGCAUCAUUCCAAAAUUACACAAAAUGGAUAUGGCAUGGGGAAUCGGCCGACAUUCCAAUUGUUUCUCAGUCUCAGGCGGUUCACGAAGACAGCGGAGAGCGUAUAGAGGAAAUGAUCCGUGAUCUUGGACAAGAGACUUUUGAGCAAGCGCAUGCACCUCUGUAUGAUACAAUAGAACGUGAUUCCAACACGCCAUUGUAUCAGGGGUGCACAUCUUUCACGCGGUUGUCAGCUGUGUUAGCUUUGGUAAACUUGAAGGCAAGAUUUGGGUGGAGUGAUAAAAGCUUCACUGAAUUGCUGGUCUUAUUGAAGAACAUGCUUCCUGAACAAAACACUUUGCCGAAAAAUCACUACGAGGCCAAAAAGAUUUUGUGUCCAGUGGGAAUGGAGUACAAGAAGAUCCAUGCAUGCCCUAAUGAUUGCAUAUUGUAUAGAAAUGAGUAUGCAGAACUACGGCAAUGCCCCACGUGUGGGGUAUCACGAUACAAAGUGCAACACGAUGAAUUAACUGAUGAUGCAGGAACCAAAAAUUGUCGUCCUGCCAAGGUGUGCUGGUAUCUUCCAAUAAUACCAAGGUUUAAGCGAUUGUUUGCUAAUGCACAUGAUGCAAAAAACCUUUCAUGGCAUUCGGAUGACCGAAAAUCUGAUGGAUUACUGCGACAUCCUACCGAUUCGCCACAGUGGAAGACAAUUGAUCGUUUGUAUCCAGAGUUUGGGGAUGAGCCAAGGAACCUAAGGCUUGCUCUUGCUUCUGAUGGAAUGAAUCCUUAUGGUAGCUUAAGUAGCAACCACAGUUCCUGGCCUGUUUUACUGAUGAUUUACAACCUUCCCCCAUGGUUGUGCAUUUUGCGUAAAUACAUUAUCCUGUGUAUGAUGAUCGCGGGUCCAAGGCAGCCAGGGAAUGAUAUUGAUGUGUAUCUUACGCCAUUAAUCGAAGACUUGAAACAAUUGUGGGAAGAAGGGGUAGAUGUGUGGGAUGCAAAUGUGCAGCAGACGUUCAGGUUACGCACAAUGGUGUUUUGUACUAUUAAUGAUUUUCCAGCAUAUGGAAAUUUAAGUGGAUACAGUGUGAAAGGGCAUCAUGCAUGUCCUAUCUGUGAGAAAAACACAAGCUUCAUCCAACUCAAGCAUGGAAAGAAGACAGUAUAUACCAGACACCGAAGAUUUCUAAAAGCUUUUCACCCUUAUCGACGAUUGAAAAAAGCUUUUAAUGGAAGUCAGGAGAAUGAAGGCCCCCCAGAAGCAUUAACUGGAAACCAAGUUCAUGAUCGUGUAAAGGACAUUGUAACCGUGUUUGGCAAGUCCCAGAAGAAGACAUCAUCUCCCAACAACAUGUGGAAGAAACGCUCAAUAUUCUUUGAUCUUCCAUACUGGUCUGAUCUAUAUGUGCGUCAUUGUCUAGAUGUUAUGCAUGUGGAGAAAAAUGUAUGUGAUAGUUUAAUUGGUACUCUUCUUAACAUUAAAGGGAAGACAAAGGAUGGUUUGAAAUGUCGUCAAGACUUGGUUGACAUGGGAAUACGAGAGCAGUUGCAUCCCAUAUCACAAGGUCGACGAACAUAUUUACCCCCAGCAUGCCACACACUGUCAACAGCAGAGAAGAAAAGUUUUUGUCAAUGUCUGCGGAAUGUCAAAGUUCCACAAGGAUACUCUUCAAAUAUCAAGAGCCUUGUCACCCUCAAUGAUCUUAAGUUGGUUGGCUUGAAGUCUCAUGAUUGCCAUGUCUUAAUGCAACAAUUAUUGCCUGUUGCGAUUCGCGGCAUCUUGCCUGACAAAGUUAGAGUUGCCAUAACUCGUUUGUGCUUUCUUUUUAAUGCCAUAUGUAGUAAAGUCAUUAAUCCUCAUCAAUUGGAUGACUUGGAGAAUGAGGCUGCCAUUGUCAUUUGUCAGUUAGAGAUGUAUUUCCCACCAUCAUUUUUUGACAUCAUGGUUCACCUCAUUGUUCAUCUUGUGAGGGAAAUUCGGUUGUGUGGUCCGGUUUUUUUGCGGUGGAUGUAUCCAAUUGAACGCUACAUGAAAGUGUUGAAGGGAUAUACCAAAAAUCAAUACCGACCAGAAGCUUCCAUUGUAGAAAGGUAUGUUGCUGAAGAAACUAUUGAGUUUUGUUCACAAUACAUGGAAACAGUUGAAGCUGUGGGGGUACCGAAAAUUCGUCAUGACCGGACACGAGGAGGUCAAGGGACACGAGGCUUCAAUGUUGUUACCAUGAGUCGACAAGAUGUGUCACAGGCGCAUUUGUAUAUCUUGAAUAACACACAGGAGGUCGUUCCAUACAUACAAACUCACAAACAAUAUCUGACAUCUAUUAACCCAAAAUUGAACAUGAUGAAAUUGUUACAAGAGCAUAAUAGAACUUUCAUGAACUGGUUUAAAGAAACAAUAAUGACUGAUGACAAUGCUUCCAAAACAUUAAGAUUGUUGGCUAUUGGUCCGAAUCUAAAUGUCCCUACUUGGCAGGGGUAUGACAUAAACAAUUAUUCGUUCUAUACAAAGUCACAAGAUGAUAAAAGUAGUGUGCAGAAUAGUGGGGUGCUUGUGGAGGCUCAUUCUGAGCACUUUUCUAGAGCAUCUGAUAACAACCCAAUUGAAGCCUCAAUGCCUUAUUUCGGAGUUAUUGAAGAAAUCUGGGAGCUUGAUUAUAAUCAAUUUAGAGUGCCAGUAUUUAAAUGUAACUGUGUUAAUGGAAAUACCGGUGUUCAUAGAGAUGAAAUGGGAUUCACUUUAGUAGACCUUAACAAGGUAGGUUACAAGGAGGAACCAUUCAUAAUGGCAGAACAAGCUAGACAAGUGUUUUACAUCCAAGAUCCAAAUAAUCGUACAUUAUCAGUGGUUCUACAAGGAAGGCCAAUUGGUGUUAGGGAACAAAUUCAUGAUGCAUCCCUUGACAUUUGUGAGACUCCUCAUUUUUGCACAAAAAUGCCUUCAAUAUGUGAACAAGCAGAGGUGGAUGACGUACAUGCGAUUCGUAAUGAUCAUGCUGAAGGUUUAUGGGAGAACAUUGCUCCUUAACCGCCUUGUAUCAAUGUAAUGUUACAAUAUUAUUUUAUUUGUUAUUGACUUAUAUGCUCCUUAACCGAAAAUGUUGUCAUAAUUAUUAUUAGACUUAAAUAUAUUUUUUAUUCCUGAUGUAUACU